AGAAUGUGAUCGCAGACACUCCUUGAUUGUUAUGCCUGUUUGUGGGGUCCAGGUAAGCUGAAUCACUUUAAUAAUGGUUGCGAUCGCGCCUGCGACUCUCUGAAGUCGGUAGCCAGCGGAGCCCGCAGGCAGUCCCUCCACCAGCAUGUCAGAAGCAUUUAGCAGAACCCAAGAUGAUCACAAAGGAACCGUACCCAAAGUCUUGCGCCAUCCCGAGCAAGCCGCCAAUGAGGACUCGAGAGCAAAAUCGUUCGCAAAGAACUACAAAGGCUUCGUCGCAGGCGUCUUCUCGGGCAUAGCAAAACUCUCCGUCGGUCACCCUUUCGACACAGUCAAGGUUCGCUUGCAGACCUCACAGAAAUCACAAUUCAAAGGGCCGCUGGACUGCCUGUUGCAGACACUGAGAAGAGAGGGGAUUGCAGGAAUUUACAAGGGCGCAACUCCACCGCUGUUAGGAUGGAUGGCCAUGGACUCUGUCAUGUUGGGGAGCUUGACAGUUUACCGGAGGCUGUUACAUGAAAAUAUAUUUGCCAACCCGUCUUUCCGGCGCGGCAAGAGCGCCUCAGAGCUUGCGAACGAGAAGUUGCCUGCUUUUGGGCAUGGGAUUGCAGGAACCAUGGCAGGUGCUACCGUUUCCUUUAUCGCUGCGCCCGUUGAACAUGUCAAGGCAAGAUUACAGAUUCAAUACGCUGCGAAGAAGAAGGACAGGCUGUACAGCGGUCCUAUAGACUGCACGAGAAAGAUUCUCCGUUCCCACGGCGUUGCUGGCUUGUAUCACGGCCUCUUCUCAACAUUAAUCUUCCGCUCGUUCUUCUUCUUUUGGUGGGGCAGCUACGACCUCCUGACGACGUGGUUCAAGAAACACACUUCUCUUUCCACCCCUGCAAUCAAUUUCUGGGCAGGUGGGAUGUCUGCGCAAGUCUUCUGGCUGACCUCCUACCCCUCAGACGUGGUCAAGCAACGCAUCAUGACGGACCCACUGGGAGGCGCGCUCAACGACGGCACUCCUCGCUUUAGACACUGGAAGGAUGCCGCUGUUGCUGUGUAUAGAGAGUCUGGAUGGAGAGGGUAUUGGAGGGGCUUCGUGCCGUGCUUUCUGAGGGCGUUCCCUGCGAACGCGAUGGCGUUGGUGGCCUUUGAAGGUGUAAUGAGGGCACUGCCUGGUUAAUUGGCUUCACCUUUUGAUACCCGGGCGGCUUUUUGCUUAGAAUUCGAGUACAUAAAUGAUUGCUGUUCUCCGCCUUCGACUAUAUCAAUCCACAAGGAACAUACUCCCUUCUCCCGUCCGGUUCGGGAUGAAU